CGGUUAUGCGCCGCUCUUUCAAACCCAUAAGUCUUUCAUGCGCUGCAGAUUCCGGGUACAUAGUUAGCCCCGCCUCCAACCCAUCCUCACUGUAAAGCUCGGCUCCUCCCGCUUUCUGUCAUGUGACUCCUGUGCAGUCAGUUCCUUUCCCAGCGCUACAAAGUAACAUCCCCAGCACUGAGACAGGACGGUAACCGGUUCCGCUCUUCUAAUCGGCCGGGUGAUGUGGCGCUGAGCCUGCCUGGCUGCUCCGUUGCUCGUUGAGGAGACUCGGCGUUAUGGAGUCGGACCCGCUACUCGGUGCCCUGGAGAAAAGUUGGAGCGUCAAUCCGAGUUUCGGGUCAAGGGAUGGAAUUGCGAAUACCCGGAGCGGCUCCUACUCCUCCACCGGCUCCUCUGGGGCAGCGUCACUGCAGGGGGGAUCCUCGCACGAGCAUCGGCAUGGGGCUGCUGACUCAGAAGAUCUUCAUGUGAAACAGGCAGUUGUUUUUAUUGAAGAUGCCAUACAGUAUCGCUCUAUAGACCAUCGUGUAGACCCAACUUCUCUACAGCUGUACCGUUGGUAUUACUCCGAUAUCUGCCAGUGGAUUCUAAACGCAGCAAUAUUUGUCAAUAUGGCACUGGCCUUUAUAGAGAAGCCUUCCUCUCUUUCUGCCACCUCAGACGUACGUUAUCGCGGGGUUACUUGGGAGCCACCAUGUGGUUUGACCGAGGGCAUUGAGUUCCUGACUUUCCUACUAUUUAUUGCUGAUGUGUCUGUUAAGAGCUAUUUAGUGGGUUGGAAUGAAUUUGUGAAGAACAAGUGGUUACUGUGUUACAUCCUGAUGUUGGCCAUUUCCCUUGUGGACUGGACCGUCUCUAUGUGCUUCAUGUGUAAAGAGGGGUUUAGGAUGAGGCGGCUUCUCCGGCCGUUCUUCCUAUUACAGCACUCUUCUUUAAUGAAAAAGACCCUCAAAUGUAUCAAACGCACCUUACCCGAAAUGGCCAGUGUGAUGCUUCUCAUGGCUUUGCAUCUCUUUCUUUUCACCAUGUUUGGGAUGCUGCUCUUCGCUCAUGCCAAGGAUUCCCAGGUGGACGUGGAAUGGAAGCAGUAUUUCCGCAAUCUGCCCGAUUCCCUGACGACGCUGUUGGUGCUCCUGACUACCGCAAACAAUCCCGAUGUGAUGAUUCCGGCCUAUUCCACACAUCGAGCGUAUUCUCUCUUCUUCAUUAUAUUCACCGUUAUAGGAAGCCUGAUUCUGAUGAACUUGCUGACGGCCAUUAUAUAUAAUCAAUUCAGGGGCUACCUCAUGAAAUCAGUCCAGGCAUCACUGCUAAGGAGAAGAUUAGGCAUUCGGGCUGCAUUUGAAGUCCUAUCCUUCCAAAGUGAUUUCACCCCCCAAAGCACAGAGGAAACGAUUUUUGUCGAUUCCGUGACCUUCCUUAGAGUGUUGGACAAAGUGAAAAUGGACUCUUACUGCAAAACAGCAAUUGGGGAGAAAGCGAAAUCCUUUCAUAACGGGCGCAUCUCUGCCGAGCACUUCCAGAAACUCUUUGAUGAACUUGACAAGGACACGGUCCGAGAGCAUCCGCCUGCCCCCACCUACCACUCUCAGUGCCUGAAGGUUCUGCAAAUGAUUGGCAGACAUCGAUACUUGGACUAUAUGGGCAAUGUGGUCGUUAUAAUGAACCUCGUCUCAGUCUGUAUUGUCCUGGUGAUUGAUGCAGAGAAGUCCGGCAGUGAUCGGGACGACUUUGCGUUAGGUGCCAUCAACUGCUUCUUUAUCCUGUAUUACGUGCUGGAGAUGGGCCUCAAAAUGUUUGCUUACGGUCUGAAAGGCUACUUCUCCUUCCCCAGCAACAUAUACGAUGGCCUCCUAACUGUUAUACUCUUGGUUUUGGAAGUGGCCACUUUUUGUUUGUACAGAUUCCCUCAUCCUGGUUGGAGACCCGACAUGCAGGGGGUGCUGUCUCUCUGGGAAAUGGUGCGACUCGUUAACAUGUUCAUCGUUUUCAGGUUUCUGCGCAUUAUCCCCAAUAUAAAGGUGAUGGCCUUGGUGGCUGGCACUGUACUGGAUCUUGUUAAGAAUCUUCGUGCAUUUGCUGGGAUCCUUUUGGUGGUAUACUACGUGUUUGCUAUCAUUGGCAUCGACCUUUUCAAAGGUGCCAUUCCAGACCCAAACUCAAGCAAUUCCACCAACCGCACGGCCAAUAACGUGACUCUGCCUUGCGGCAGCUUCGAGCAGCUGGAGUACUGGCCAAACAACUUUGAUGAUUUUGCUGCUGCCCUGGUGACCCUCUGGGAUGUGAUGGUGGUAAAUAACUGGCAGGUUUUCCUUGAUGCCUUUUCCAGAUACACAUCACCGUGGUCAAAGCUUUACUUUGUAGCCUGGUGGCUGGUCUCCUCUGUUAUCUGGGUUAACCUGUUUGUUGCGCUGAUCUUAGAGAAUUUCAUACAUAAGUGGGAUCGUAGCUGCCGGCCCCAUAUUUCUCCAGACCAGGGUGUUGAAUAUCACAUGACUGUGCAGCUUAUGUUCAGGGAAGCACUAGAAGAGCCAACAGACGAGGAGCUUAUGGACAGACUCCACCACCACCCCCAUCUUCAUCUCUCCAGAUGACCUUUACUUUUAUGGACCUUUUUUUUUUUUUAACCAAAAGAACCAAAAAUUUUUUUUUUUUUUUCUUUUUUUAAACCAAUCAUAUUAAAUAGCCUUGGUAUAUAUAUAUUUUUCUAUUUUCGGAGGACCAAAUUAAAGUAGCCAUUGCAAUGCCUCUUUGUUGACCGGGCCCCCCAAGAUCUUGGAGGGUUUUUAUAAGGAAAGAUUUAUUUUAUUACUCUUUUUAUUAUGCUGCUAAUGGGAGAUUUUUUUAUGUGGAAAAAUUGAGUGGAACCAAUAUCAUUAUUUUUAUAAUCAACUGUAGGAGAACUGGUCUACAGAUAUGCAUAGCAUUUAAAGGGGAACUGCUCGUAUUGUCACAGUUGCGAGCGUUCGAACGAAGGGAAAUUUAUAGAGAAUUCCUAAACAUUCAUGUGAUCAAGAGCUUGGCUAUACGAAGUUCAUCAAGUCCAUUCAAUAGAGAAGCUCCCUUUACGGGGGUAAUGUAAAAAAACAGGCAAUGUUUUAACCUAUAGCAACCAGACAGUUGAUUGGUUGCAAGAUUUCCCCCCUUUUUUAAUGGCAAAACCUUUUUUUAUACAUGCACUCUUCUAUUCACCUGCCAUUCCAACACAAAUCUAAUUGCUCAACUGAUACCUGCCCAAAUUUCAAAUAGGAGAGCUUCCAACCAACAGGAAGAAACUCUAAAACAAUGAAGAUGUAAGUAAAAAAAAUUAAACCGAGCAGCCAAAAGGGCUUCCUACAGAGUGCUGAAUUACCAACGCGAAUUCUUAUAUUUUAAUUUCUAACAAGUUUUACAUAGGAAUCUUAAUGCAUGUUGUUUCUUUGAAAAAAAAAAAUGCAUCUUUCUGUUUGGUAUUAGUGUCCCUUUAAGAAACCCAAAAAAGAUGGCAGGCCUUUCAAGUUUCUCAUUUUAACUAUACUUUCAGAUGUGUUUAUAACCGAGGCUUGUGACCUCCCAUUGCGUACAAUAGCCGAAAUAUAUUUAUGUUGUGUUUACAGGGAAUAGACCAGGGGCAUCAGUGUUGUGGCCUUUAAAGGAGAAGGAAAGCUACAGAGGCAUUUUUGCCAAUAGAUUAGCUGCAAUAGUGAAAGCUAGAAUGCAAUAUUUAUUCUGUAGAAUGUUUUACCAUACCUGAGUAAAAAGCUCUAGAAACUCUCUGUUUGUUUAGAAUAGGAGCUGCAGUAUUAACAUGGUGUGACAUCACUUCCUGCCUGAGUCUCUCCCUGCUCUGGGCUCAGAUUACAGUAGAGAAGGGAGGGGGGGGGGGAAGAGGAACAAACUGAGCAUGCUCUUGCCCAGGGCAAUGAGUUUUAAGCUGAAGGCAGGAAGUCUGAUACAGAAGCCCAUGAGUACACAAUAGAAGGAAAGAAACGCAGUGUUUCUUUUGACAGGGGACUCAGAGCAACAUUACUUUGGGGUUUACUGGUAUAUUUAGAUGGACCUUUCUGAUAAGGCUUACUUAGUUUUAACCUUUCCUUCUCCUUUAAACUGGUGUGGUCAGCUAUGCUUUAACUUGUGGAUAUUUAAUAAGGAUGGAUUAAAGUUUUAGAGCACUUUAUGCAGUCGUCUUUUUUUUUUUUUUUUUUCCAGGUUCGGCCAGCACUUUUGGUUAGGUUUGGCGGGAUUUUGGGAGUCUUUAAAAGUAGAGAAGGAUCCUGGUUUUUCUAUGUUUGUUUUAUGGAACCGCUAUGGAAUAGCUUAAUGGUGAUGGGGGGGGGGGGGAUAAAAUGUCUUAUUUUUUCACUACUUAUACUUGCACUACUAUAGUUUAAUGAAUAAAUGUAUAUUUGCACAUA